AUGAGUCGGCUUGGCUUCCUGUCGAAGCUCUCGCCCAUUGCACACUGGUACGGUGGUGCACGCGGAUUUGCAUCGUCCGCACAUGUUCGCCGCGCCCCCUCUCUAAUUACGCUUGGCGAUCUCUCUGUGCCUGAGCUGGAUGCGUUGUUGCAGCGUGCGUCGCAUUUCAAAAAAACGGUCAAAACCCACGCUCUUGGGCCUGGCGCAAUUGAGCACACCAUGGCAAACAAGACUAUAGCAAUCAUGUUUACGAAGCGCAGUACCCGCACGCGUGUGGCAAGCGAGACAAGUGUAGUCACUCUUGGCGGCCACCCCAUGUUCCUUGCCCCGUCCGAUAUUCAGCUGGGUGUGAAUGAAAGCCUGAUUGAUACUAGCCGCGUAAUAAGCUCCAUGGUUGAUGGUAUUAUGGCACGGGUCGGUGCUCAUGAGGAGAUUGAGACACUUGCCGAACAUUCUAGCGUCCCUGUUAUCAAUGCGCUCUCGAGCAGGUUCCAUCCCACUCAGAUUCUUGCCGAUUUGCUUACCUUGCUUGAGGAUAACAGCAAGCCAGGGGAGCCGCUUCCUUCUUUGUCGCGGCUUAAUGGCCUCAAAGUCGCGUGGGUGGGCGACUCGAACAAUAUUCUCAACGAUAUUCUAGCAUGCUACCCCCGGAUUGGCAUGGACGUAAGUGUUGCCGCGCCAGCGGGAGAUGCCUACGCAAAAGAUCCUGUUGUGUGGGACAUGAUGCAGCGCGGUCUCACCUCGCUCCCGGCUGGCGAGCCCAAAGGCAAGGUCGAUUGGUGCCACAGCCCCGAGCAGGCUGUCCACAAGGCCAACUAUGUUGUCACCGAUACAUGGGUUUCUAUGGGAGAUGAGAACUCCAAGGCACAGCGUAUGCAAGACUUUAACGGCUUCCAAAUCACCGAAGCGCUGUGCAAGCGCGGCAAGGCGGACCCCGAUUGGAGGUUUAUGCACUGUCUCCCUAGGAAAGCAGAGGAAGUUGACGACGAGGUUUUUUACGGACCGCGUUCUCUUGUAUUUCCUGAAGCUGAGAAUCGGAAAUGGACUGCCAUGGCAUGUUUCGACUGGUUGUUUGGUCAGAUACCGCUGGUUUAG